AGUACAUAAAUCAAGAUGAAGCAGGGAUUGCAAUCUGAAAGUGGUUUCCUUUUGUAACAAUAUUGGUGGACAUGCGUAAAAAUCUCAAACAUGGAGAAGGGGCAUAAAGAACAUAUUAUGGUGAAAGCACAGUCACAAAAGAAAGAAGAAGCUUGUCAUGUUAGUACAACGUUGGCUGCCACUGAUUUGCACCGUCCAUCAUUGCAACCUCCAAAGCCAAAAUUCCUUAGCCUCAGUCUUCCAAAUUCAGCCAAUUCAUCACCUUCAACUCUGAUGGAGAAGAAACCGAAACACAGGAGCAUAGAAUCACCAUGUCAAGCUAGUACACUCAUCCAUCAACAACAACAAACUCUUAUCCCAUUGGAUGAGGUCGGCUACAUGGAUCAGAUGCAGGAUGACCAACUGCAAGACAUGCAGUUAAGGAGGAGCAAGUCAUGUGGUGAGGGAAGAGCAUCAUGUGCACCCUCAGAUGAAUUUGAUCUCUGGUGGGCCAAACCAGGUGCAGUGGAACGCAAUAACAUGCAUCGUAACAGCUUCUCCAAAACUGAAGCCAUUCUUGUGAGUGGCAAGAAUGUGGAAACAUGUGAAGAUGAGGGCUUUAAGUGCACUGCACUUUGCAUGUAUCUACCAGGGUUUGGGAAAGCAAAGGCUGUUAAAACUAGAAAAGAAUUAGGAUCAGAAGUGGAAGGCUGUGCAGUAAUAUCAAGGACGGUAUCUUUGGAAAAGUUUGAGUGUGGUUCUUGGGCUUCUUCUGCACUGUUCCAUGAGAUUAAUAUUGAAGGAGACCCCAUAAAUUCCUCAUACUUUGAUCUGCCACUGGAGUUGAUCAAAUGCAGUGCUAAUGAUGUUCAUUCACCUGUUACCUCAGCUUUUGUGUUUGAGAAGGACCUUAAGACUGGUUUCUCUACAAAAUCACCUCGCCAUGUUCGGUUUUCCACACCAUCAAAGCCUGCCUCUCCAGCAUCCUGCAUUACUCCUCGUUUAAGAAAAGCCAGAGAGGAUUUCACAGCAUUCUUAGAAGCACAAAGUGCAUGA